AUGCAGACAUGUGGAGUGCUGUGGAGUGCAUGUGUUGUUUCUGUGAGAAGGGGGGGACGAGCAUGGGACGAUGGGGAAGAGGGAGGUGAGGGGGGAAGGAGAGGGGAGAGGAGGGGUUUCGAGGGGGUGGGGAAGGAGAGGGGGAGAGGAGGGGUUGAGAGGAGGGGGAAGGUGGGAUGGGAGAGAGGACGAGAGGGAUUAGGGAGGUCGAGACGGAUAGGAACGGAGGAGGGCGAGGAGGGGGGGAGUGGGAAGUGGAGGAGAGGCGAGAGCUGGGAGAAGGAGGGUGGGGGGGCCGGGGGGGGGGGGGGGGGGGGAGGGGGGGGAGGUUAUGGUUUUCCGCUUGGUGGAAGGGGAACCCCUCCUCGUCACCUUCUGGCCGUUCAUGAGGGUGCAUGUGGAAGCGGUGCAGUUUGUUCGUCCUGCACUUUCGCCCACCUCCGCCGUCUCGCUUCCUUGUUUCAUCGUAACGCCUUUCACCGUCGCACCUCUCGCAAAUGCGCCUUCCCCAACCUCUGUGCCUUCCUCGUCGAAGGACGGUGCACCUUUCCACGCGUGCGCUAUGCCAUUGCGUGUCUGCCGGUGCUGUGGCAGGUGUGUGGUGGCGGGGGGCCUAGUUCGUCUUCUUCGUGCAACCUCCGUUUCUCCGCCUUCCUCUUUGCCGCCUCCAACCUCAACCUCCGUUCCUCUCCCCCCCCUUCCGCGUUCACGCUCCCCACCCCCACAUUCCCUUCCUCUCACCUUUCCGCCGUCCUGUAUUGCUUCUCAUUCAUGAUCUCUGUCCUCCUUUUCUCGGACCUACCUUUUGUUUCCACGCUCCUUUCCCCCUCCUUUUCACCCCCUUCCUCCUUUCCACCGUCUCCUUUCUAUCCAUCUCUCUCCUCUGUCCCUCCCCACCAUGAGUCUCCUAAACUGCACAUGCGAUACAAUCAACAUGUGUUACGUUGA